AGGAAUUAUGUAGGAAUAAGACCAGGCACUCAAUAGUGCUGAUAUUGUGCUUUCUCACAACCAACACGCCAAAACAAAGCCCUUGAUAUAGCAAGCAGUGAGAUCGCAAAUCUUGACAAGGCCCACCGAACCAUCCAAGCACCAUCGCCAAGCAUGUCAGAUCAGCAGAAUCCAUGGGCCAUUGUCGUUGGGGCUGGUCCGGCUGGCUUGCUGCUAGCUUUGCGCCUAGCCCAGCAAGAUAUUCCCGUAUGUUUGGUCGAGAUGACAGACACUUUGGACAAUCAGCCACGAGCAUCUCACUACGCAUCUCCCGCCGUGUACGAACUCGGCCGCGCCGGAGUCUUGGACGAGAUUCGUCAGGCCGGAUUUGAUCCCAAAACCCUCUCGUUCCGCCGCCUCGAUGAGAAGAGAACACGCUAUGGGUGUAUGAACGCCGAAGUGGUCGCCGACCAUCCUGAUCGUCAUCUAUGUUUGCCCUUGAACGGACUGUGUCGGAUCCUUUUGGCACGUUUGGAGAAGCUCCCUUCUGCAACCAUCCGCUGGCAAUCCAAAGUCGUCGGUCUGGGACAAGACGACCAGCAAGCCUGGCUGGACGUGGAGACUGCUGCUGGGAGGGAACGCCUCUACGCUCAGUACAUAGCGGGCUGUGACGGUGCAAACAGCCAGGUAAGGCGGUCGCUCUUUGGCGACGCAGUAUUCCCAGGCUUUACAUGGAACGAACAAAUCGUGGCAACCAAUAUGUACUUCCCAUUUGAAAAGUACGAUUACGACGACGCCAACUUUCUCAUUGACGAGACCCAUUGGCACAUGGUCGCCAGGAUUUCCAAGGAUGGCCUGUGGCGCGUGACAUACGGCGAGAUCCCGGGUCUGACGAGAGAGGAACUGCGAGAACGGCACGCCGCCAAGAUGAAGGCCAUCUUGCCCGGGCCAGACGAGUGGCGACUCGACAAUUUCAGUCCGUAUCGAGUGCACCAGCGACUCGCGCCAAACAUGCGAGUGGGCCGGUUCUGUCUGGCCGCGGACGCCGCACAUAUCUGUAACCCCUUCGGCGGCAUGGGGCUCACAGGCGGUAUCGUCGACGUCGGAGGUCUGGCGGACUGUUUGACGGGCAUAUAUCUGAAUUUGGCCGACGAUUCCAUCCUGGACGUGUACGACACCGUACGCCGGCAGAUGUAUCGCGAGCACAUCAACCCCAACUCGAGCAACUGGCUGAAACGCAUGUGGCAAAACCCUGACGGUGCUUUUGAGCGCGACCCCGUUCUGCAGCGGUUCAAAAAGGGCGAGUCGGACCUGAAGGUGGCGAUUGAGUUGCAGUUUGGUCUUAAUGUUAUCAAGUAUGACUUUACCCAACAUUACCGGGGUCUGCGAGAAAUCGAGCGGGUAGACUCGCACAGCGUGCAUUUACAUACCUGUAUCCCACCCAGCAAGAGCAUGCUCCAUACUCCACGUCAGAGCCGCCGUCUUGCGGACCAGGAGCACGCCUUUACGCACUGGUAUGCACAGGCCUUCGAACGUCCAGGAAAUGGUUUGCGUGAUGAAGUUGUUACGGGCCUGCUCGACACCGACAAAUUUGCGAAGUGCACUGUCAAGCACUGCAUCUUCGCAUCGCAACAGUGA